AUGGAAGACCAGUCGAUCAGAGUCGCAGAACUGGCUCUCGACCAGGCAUCUUGCCCUCUGUACAUGCGUAGGUCUCACUAUCUUACGGGCGUUGCACGAGAUGACACCACGAACGAUCCCGACCUCAAGGAUUGGGGCCCUCUGUUUUCGAGGGCCUGGGCUUACCAAGAGAGACUGACAUCGCCAAGGGUGCUGUAUUUCACCGCGAGCGAGAUAAUAUUUCAAUGUUUCGGCUCAGUUGCAUGCGAAUGCAGUGCAACUGAGCAGGAGAUCCGUGGUGAUUGGAGCUUGAUGGGCUUGGCCAAGUCACAAUUCUUUAGCCUUGUUGUUGACACUCAGAGUUCAAGCACGGCUAAUGGUCCAGACGACCUCGAUGCUGACACACGACAACGUCGCAUACAAGAAUCAUGGAGAUCUGAUAUUGUUACAGAUUACUCGCGCCUUGACUUGACUCUAUCAACCGACAUGUUGCCCGCCCUUGCAGCGAUAGCCGAGCAAUACCAACGAGCGCGCCCUGGGGAGACAUACUUAGCUGGAUUGUGGUCAGGCUCGUUGCUGGCUGACCUUCUCUGGAUAUGUAAGCCCUUGGGCCUUGACAUGUCCCGAAAAGAGAAGGCUUUAUGUCGAUCCUCCUCGCUACCGACAUGGACUUGGGCGUCCAUGAAAGGCGGCGUGUAUUAUCUGCAGAAAGGAGAUAGUACGGUAACUAGCCUCGCAGAAGUCGUCGAAGCGAAGUGUGAGUUUGCAGACGAGAACCCCUUCAGCACCCUGAUCAGCAGCUCUAUUGUCAUUCGGGGCAGACUACUGCCUUGCGAUCUCACAUAUGAGACUCAUGUUGGGCAUCAUCGGUGGGUCUUUUGGUAUUUGACCUCGACGAUAAUCAGGGAAGUCAGCGACCUUCGGGAUGUGUAUAUGGACCAUGAUCAGCAACAAUGGAAGGAUUAUCGACGACGAGUGUGUAUCUUGGAGGUUCUAAGGGUCGAGAAUUUCAAGCGGUACUUUCUCAUUAUCUGCCGAACCAGCGGUAACGAACACUUUACCCGAAUAGGCUUUCUGUCGUACCAUGGCCAGAUGCGGCAGCAGCCACACAAUUUCUGGGGUGUAUUUGAGGCGAGUAGUUUCACGACCGAGUGUGAGCUUCGUUGA